UUGAUGGAAACCAAAUCAACGAGAUCAACAGUAAUAAAUUCACAAGACUUAACAAGUUAAUUAUGGAUUUGAAUGAAGAUUAUUUUGAACCAUAUGAUACUUCAAUCAGUUACGACUUUGGAUUUAAUGAGAGUGAAAUCAUAUGGCCUACAGAUGAGAAAUCACCAUUUCAGCUCUUUUCUGCUGUUGUCACUAUCCUCAUCUUCUGCAUCAGCCUUCCUGGAAAUAGCUUCUUGCUGUGGAUCCUCUGGAAGGAAAAAGCUUGGAAGACUACAACUGAUAUCUUACUUCUGCAACUUACAGUUUCUAACCUUUGCUUCACUUUGACCCUGCCCUUUACAGUCUGCAAUGAUCUUGAUUAUUGGGUAUUUGGGGAAUGGGUCUGUGGAGUAAUGCAGUGCUUUUCUAUUCUAGGGUCAAGAUCAUCUUUGGUGAUCCUCACUGCCAUGUCAUUGCAUUAUUAUGUUAGUACUGUUCAAGUUUCAUGUCUUUGUGCCCAGGCUUCAAGAAAAAUGUGUGUCCCCAUGGCUAGCAUUGCAAUAUGGCUGGUAUGUGCUGCUGCAAGCAUUAUCCAAUCUGUGAAAAGUCAAGUUCACGAACGUAAUAUAUGUUUCAUCUUAGUUUCACAUACACAGCACCUCUUGCGCUUGUACAUGGAGAUUUGUCUUUUCUUUCUCAUUCCUUUCCUCACUGUUACAUUUUGCUAUGUCCACAUGUGGAUAAUGAUUAGGGCAAACAGGAUAAAUAGCCAUCAAAAGCCUUCAAAAUUGAAUUUAGGGAUAACUGUUUGUAAUUUUCUUUGUUGGGCUCCUUACUAUUUUAUGAACUUUGUUAGCACCUUCUCAACGCUGUAUUUUUAUGAAAUUGAAGUUUUAUACUUCAUUAGUUAUCUUCUCUGUCACAUUUACUGCUGCCUUAGUCCUCUAUUUCAUAUAUUUGGAGCACAAAGGUGCAGGAAAUAUCUCGCCAACCCAUGUAAUACUUUGUCACGCAACAGAGAUGGGAGUAAUAAUGGCUAUUAAAUAGCCUCCAUAGCUCUUAAAAAUUGCUGAGAAAAUGUGAAUUUAUGAUGCCUUGCCCUACCCAUAGUUUAGGAUUAGAUGAAUAGAUGCUUAAGGAUUAAAUUAAAGAAAUAAGAUAAUUCUCAAAUAUUAAGAUUUUGGGGGGGAGUGGAGUUUUGUUUGUUUGGUUUCUCUUUUUUUUUUUGUACAUUUCCUUUACUCUUCUUUUAACUGCUUUCUGGCAGUCAGAAAUAACUGACAUUAGUAUCUAGAGUUAUGAGAUAAUAGUGCAAAAAAACUAAAACAAUACAAAAUAACUAUUAAAUUAAGUGUCAGCUAUUUAGAUAUAGAUUAGGUUUUUUAAUGUGAUGAGUGAGAAUAAUAAUAUACAGUGUUUUGAGAUGAAAAAUAUACUAGAACUGUCUUAAACAGCCAAACUUUUACAACAAUGCCAGGUUUUUUGUGCCUCAUUCAAAUGUUAGCAUCAGAAAGAACUCACUGUUCUGGUGUCAGAGUGGGGUCAUACCAGUUACUGUAAAGGUUUGACUUAAACAAGGAGAGGUGUGAGAUUUCUAUUUGACAUACUGAUGUGUAAUGUGCUGUGUUGUAUAAAGUAUUUUUUAUGUUGUUAUCUGUGCUGAUCUACUUUCUGAUCAAAGUUUACUGUGAUCAAGUUUGUUUUUAUUUUAAUUAUCGUCCUUCAUAUAUUUACUUUAGCUUAUAUAUUUCAACUAUUUUACAUUUUUUUAUUUGCCAAGUCAAAUAUGUAUGUUUCUAAAGUCUGCAUGUUAUUGCUGCACUUUUAUUGCUGUGCUGUUUUUGUAAAAAAAAAAAAAAAAUGCUUCUGAAAUCCAGUGAGGCUAUUUUCACUUCUCUGUUCUCACAAAAAAUGAUUUUGGUAUGUCACAAUAAAAUGGACUGAAAAAACUGAAAUGAUUAAAGCUUGUUAAUGCUA